CGCGCUCUGGCGUGCACGCUGUGAGGACGCAGUCGAGUCCUGCCCGUGCGGCUCCGCUCGCCCUCGCGCUCGCCCUGCGCCUCGCUACGUAAACAGUCCGGCCGCGUGUUGCUCUGUGUGUGCGUGUGUGUGUCUGUGUCCGCCCGCCCGCCGGGCACUAUGAGGUGAAGUGUGAAGCCCCUGAGGAUUACAGUGAUUGUGCAGUGAGUGCUAUGACACAAGUGCCCUCGUGCUGAGGCCGUCAUGUUGGACUCGGAGAGCGUUGGCGGCGGCGGCGGUGGCCCCGCGCAGGGCCCCGCAGCGAACGGCAAGCAGGGCGUGAUGGUGGACAACGCGCGCUCCUGGCCCGGACUCAAGGGCAGCAGGAAGCGCCGCGGCUCGGCGUCGUCGACGUCGUCGGCGUCCUGCGGCCGGCCGGGAGCGUCGUCGCUGUCGGCGUCCUGGCUGCUGGGCGCUAUGUGCCUCGUCAGCCUGGGCCUCAGCGGCUACUUCGGCUACCGGGAGGCCGUCCUGGAGGGCAGGCUCGGCGACCUGGAGCGCCGCUUCGAGCAGCACUUCGCCCGGCCGGGAGUCUUCGUGGAGCGCCUCAAGCGCGACGUGGAGCAGAGCCUCGCCCGCCGGCUGCCGCGCGCCGCGCCGGCCCGGGAGGGCCGCGAGGGCCGCGAGGGACGAGACAGGAUCUACGCGCGCAGCGCCGGCGACUGCACGUGUCCGCCAGGACCCCCUGGGCCUCAAGGUCCACCUGGCAAGAGAGGAAAGAAGGGUAUACCCGGGGCCAAAGGAACGCCGGGGACCCCCGGACAAAGUGGAUUUCCGGGCUCGAAGGGGCCCAAAGGCGAUAGAGGUUUUGGGGGUGCGAUCGGUUUGGACGGGCCCAAAGGUGACCCGGGUGCACCCGGAGAGAAAGGCUCCAAGGGCGAUCCUGGUGGUCCAGCGUUCGACAUGUAUGCCGCUGUCAAGGGGCUGAAGCGUUCAGUGACAACUCUCCGAGGAGGAACGUUAGGAUACGCCGAAAUCGUUGCGGUGAAGGGACUACAAGAGCAGGGGCUCAAUAUUUCGGCGCAGAACAUCAUAUAUGUCAAAGGCGAGCGAGGGGAGCCUGGGCCACCCGGGGCGGCGGGCCCUGUCGGCAAAGAGGGCCUACCAGGACAGGACGGGAGGCCCGGACCGUCCGGGGAGCCAGGACCACCGGGUGAGAGAGGAAGUGCGGGACCAGCUGGACCUGUGGGACCGCCGGGGCCGCCGGGAGCGCCAGGACUGCGGGGACAACCAGGCCUCAUGGGUCCACCAGGUUUUCCGGGCAUCCCAGGACAAUUAGGAUUAUCUGGCAUUCCGGGGCAAAACGGAACAGAUGGACUUCCUGGUCUACCUGGCCAACGAGGUGAAAAGGGCGACAAGGGCGAGAGGGGUAUGACGACUACGCUGACAGGAGACCAGUUCCCUACUGGUAUAAUCGAAGGCCCACCCGGUCCACCAGGCCCACCAGGUCCAGAAGGUUUGAGAGGAGAUAAGGGCGAUUCAGGCCCAGCUGGCCCAGAAGGUCCGAAGGGCGAGGUUGGAGAGAGAGGGAAGCGCGGAAAAAGGGGAAGGAAAGGCGACCCAGGCACAGCGGUGGAGCGCGGACUACCGGGCCUGCCCGGCCAGAAGGGAGAGCCGGGAGAGGCCGCACUUCGUGGAGAGAAGGGAGACAAAGGGGAUACUGGGGUAUCAGGUUCAAAGGGCGAUAUGGGUCUCUUGGGGCCUCCGGGACUCGACGGUCAGAACGGCGCGACCGGGCCGCAGGGUCCGCCAGGCCUUCCGGGUAUGUCCGGGCCCAAGGGGGAAAAGGGCGAGUACGGCGACAUCGGCCACCCCGGUUUGAUGGGUCCUCCCGGCCUUCCAGGUCCACCGGGAUAUCCGGGUGUGAAGGGAGACAAAGGCGAGAAAGGAGAAUCGAAAUACAAAAAGAUCAGACGACGGCAGGGUGAUGGGACCUUUGAGACAGGAGGCAGCGAAUUUGUUAUGGGACCACCAGGCCCGCCUGGGCCCGGCGGCGCACCAGGCCUUCAGGGUCCGCCUGGCAUCAAAGGCGACAGAGGGAUGGAUGGAGCGAAAGGAGACAUGGGCGAGAAGGGAGGGAAGGGGGAUCCUGGGCCAAUGGGGCUACCCGGCCCGAUGGGACUGCGUGGUGAGCCUGGGAGGGCAGGUGAUCCGGGAAAGCCAGGCCCGAUGGGGCAGCCGGGUCUUGAUGGAAUGAAGGGUGGCCAAGGAGAACCAGGGUCCAAAGGCGAAAGAGGCGAGCCGGGUCUUCCGGGCACGGACGGAAUCCCAGGCCAAGAGGGCCCCAAGGGUGAGAAAGGCGCCAUGGGCGAAACUGGACCGCCGGGCAAACGUGGACGGAAAGGAGACAAGGGAGACAAAGGCGCACAGGGCGUGCCAGGGCUCGACGCGCCUUGUCCACUGGGAGAGGAUGGCCUUCCACUGGCUGGCUGUGGCUGGAGACCGCCGUCGGACCUGUCCAUCCCCACCGCUGCGCCACCCUCGUACCGCAAUUCCAUGCACGGAAUGCCUUCGCAACAGUCGCACGCCACAGCGUCGGACGACUUCGACAACGACUAUGAUGAGAAUGGAGCAGACGAAGAAGACGGCGAGGAAGACGAUGAAUGAGCUGCGGCAGUGGAAUGAAGACGAUUGAAGGAAGUGUAAAAAAAGUGUACUUAGUGUAAGAAAGUGUACAAAAAGAAUUCGAGGAUCGUGUUAAGUGACAGUACAGAUCUGUACAUGCUCGGCAUAGUUGGCGCCGACACAAAAAACAAUCGUAUUUCACUAUGAAAUGAAAACACAAGACACCCUCGUGCAAUAUGCUUAAGUUAAUUGUAAGUAAAUUAAUUGAAUUAAGUUAAUUACUUGUAAUCUCCAUUUGAAAAUAAGACUGAGCAGAACGCAAACAUUUAUCAUAUUGAGUGUGGAGACAAUCUUAUGUCAGUUUAUUAAAAUACACGAACGUAGCAGUUUGCAGGAUAUCUUUUGUUUGCCCUAGCUUUGUGGCAUUUGCAGUCUCACACGUCCAUAAUAUACCGAGAAACAUAUAAAACCACAAUUUCAGCGGUGAUCUGCCAAUAUAUGUUGUCGCGGUGUAUACUUGUCCUAUGAACCGCGGGUUCACCAACGACCCAAGCUCCCCGGUUUGACCGUAAACUAUCGCCUACCGUGAUUGCCUUUCUCUAUAGCGGGCUACCGGUGGCUAAUGAUUGUUGCCGUCGCUCACGCACAGUAGUGACUUUAAUUUUUUGUCAGCAUUCCCGCAAUGCUUCCUUUAAAAUAGAAAGUAAUUUGUUGUUUGUCAGGUGUUGCUUAGGCUACAAGAGGGGUGCCUAGGCAAAUUUUAACUUUGGGAAAAUUACAAUCCGUUGGCCAAUUUAGUUUAACUUUGUGCGCUCCAGUGAAACACACUGAGGCCGUAUGAUUUUUGAAAGAAAGAUGAAUUGCCACCUGUAACGUUCAGUAAGAAUAAAGUUGUAUAUACUGUAUACUGUAGUAUCUAAUUCGAUGUUUGUAAAGCGCAUAUUUUGUACAUUUAUUGACGUUUACGUUAGCACGUAUCUCUGACACAAUGAUAACAAAGAUGUCAUGACUAAGUUGUCUGAAAUGCCAAAGAAACCCUGCUCAUACUGUGUUCUCGACAGAAAUGCUAAGAACUCAUGUGUUUGUUUAUCAUUUGCAAACUUUCACCGAUAGAAUAACUGUUGUGGUACCGGGUGUCCCGGCUCUUACAUGCCAGUACGUUGGGUUGCCUAUGCA